GGAAGACUCUGCAACUUUUUUUCUUUCUUUCUUUCUUGUCCAAAAACCAGGGCGCGAUCUGCUGUCGUCAGAAAGCCGAUGAGGGUUCUGGCGUGCGGCCGUUGAAUCGAAGGGACGCUCUUAAAUGCGCCGGCGCUUUUGUUGGAGUGGAAAUGGUGGCGAGCUCCGGACUGUUCACCAAAGAGCCGCCGAUCUCAUUCAACGUCGACAGCGCUCUGAAUUUUUAUCAAAUAUCAAAGACACGCUUGCUACGGCCUUAAAGGGAAACCCAGAGCUCGUUCCGUCGAUACUGACCCUAGCACUCAAUGAUGCUGUGACUUAUGACAAGGCUACGAAAUCUGGGGGGCCAAAUGGAUCGAUCCGAUUAAGUUCGGAGAUGAGCAGACCUGAAAACAGUGGGCUUUCUGCUGCUAUGAAUCUCUUGACAGAGGCGAAAAAGGAAAUUGAUUCUUAUUCCAAAGGAGGGCCUCUUGCAUUUGCAGACCUCAUCCAAUAUGGGGCACAAGCUGCCGUGAAGAAAACCUUCCUUGAUUCUGCCAUUCGCAAAUGUGGCGGGAAUGAGGAGAAGGGAAGAUUACUAUAUACAGCAUACGGUUCGACUGGCCAGUGGGGCUUAUUCGAUAGACAAUUCGGACGAUCUGACGCUCAGGAACCUGAUCCAGAGGGGCGUAUUCCACAGUGGGACAAGGCUUCCGUCCAGGAAAUGAAGGAUAAGUUCUCUAGCAUUGGUUUCGGCCCUCGCCAGCUUGCUGUAAUGUCGGCAUUUCUUGGUCCUGAUCAGUUGGCGACCGAGAGCCUGUUAGCAUCAGAUCCUGAAGUUCGUCCUUGGGUCGAAAAAUACCAGAGAAGUAGAGAGACCGUCUCCCAAACUGAUUAUGAGGUUGAUUUGAUAACAACCCUCACAAAACUCAGCUCGCUUGGCCAGCAAAUAAACUACGAAGCUUAUACGUAUCCGCCCAAAAAGAUUGAACUGAGUAAACUGAAACUAUGAGGGAGCUAAAGGUGUAAUCAAAUUUUGCAACGUCAUGCUUUCAUUUGUCCAUUUCAUUACCGCAAGAAGUUUUUUUGUUGUAAUUGACACCUUAACCUUAAACGAAAUAGUUAUUAAUCUAUAAUAAUGAAUUUUUUUCUUGG